CGAUAUGGUUAUAACCGUGUUCACGUAUUCAUAUCACAAUUUUCACGAUAAGGGACAAGACGCUGGACGCUAGACGCCAUCGUUUAUUGAUCAAUGAUCAUAUUAUUUAUAAUAUAAGCCAAACAUUUUUUUUUAUUAUUAUAAUUAAUUUUAAUUAUUUUGUUAUUCUCCUCAGUUAUAAAAAUCCUAAAAACCAAUCAAAAUGACGAACGUUUAUUGAUUUGAAUAGUUCGUUUUUAUUCGAUAUACACGAUUUAACUUACCCACGGAAGAUAUUUGUGUUUUAAAUAAAAAAUGGACCAUAAUGUGUGUUACAUUUCCGACCCACAGUUACUCGAAGAAUGUUGCAAAAUACCAAACGUCCCACAGAGAGUAAGACCUGACACUUUAGAGAAUAUCAUUAUUUCAAUGUUAUUGUACAAAUAAUAAUACAAAUACAUAGUUUUAUAGACUGGGAUUACAUAUUCUGUGGAAUAAUUUCCAUAAUAGAUAUUAUUCAAAUAAUGUUCAAUCAUAAAAUUGAAAAUUAUAAUUUAUACUUUUUUUAGUGGUGUUCUAUCCUUAAACUAAUAAAUAAUACAUUCUAAAACAAAUUCAAUUAAACAAGUUAUUUCAAUAUAACUAGCCACCUAGGUAAUGGUUUGUGUUCAAGGCACACAGACUCUUGCUCACUUUAGUGUGCCAGAGUUUAUUAAAACUUUUUGAUAGUUAUAAUAAUGUGUCCAAUUUUUUCUAAUCUGAGGAUUAGUAACCAUGGUUAAAUCAAUUUCGUUUUUUCACUUUGACGGUAAUUAUGUGCUCAACAUUUAAUUAAAAGUAUUUAAUUGUUGUUGCACAACUAAUAUUACUGAUCUAAAGUUGCUGUAUUUAAUUAUUAGAUAAAUUAAAUUCAUAUUUAAAUAAAAUUGAAAAUAUUAAAUAGGUAGGUACAUAAUUUAAAAAAUUUUUAUGGGAAAAUUUUGUUGAAUUGUUCUUUUUAAUCUAAUUGAAUACAACUAUAUUCAAAUAACGGCUAAUUUUAAAUUUAGCACUGAAAUUGACAGUAAUAAAAUUAAAUGAUUAAGAAAAAUAAAUGUUAUAUCUAUCUAUUCCUGAAUUUUUUUUAAUUAUAGAUAAGUAGAUAUUUGAUUAUAGUCUAAAUUAUAAGGAUUUUUAAUUCUGAUAUUAUUUAACUAAUUAAAAAAUAUAAUUUUUUUAAUAAAAAUGUAUUUAUAUUUUAGGCUUACUUUGUUGAUAGUCUCAUUAAGGCGUAUGGACUUACCAAUCACAUGGAUGUGUUUAAAGUAAAGCCUUCAACAUACGAAAAUCUCAUUGAUUUUCAUUCUAGCGCAUAUAUUGAUUACUUAAAGAAUCUAAAUGAUAAGGAUGAUUCUACCGAUGAUGGAGAUGAAUAUGGAAUAGGUUAUUAAUGUUAUUAAUUAUUAAGAAACUAGUACAAACAAUAAUAUCAACAAUAGUACCAAAUAAUAUAAUAUCAUAGCCCAUAAUUGAAUAAUUGAACAAAUUUGAAUGGUAUUUUAUUAAUUAAGGAAAAUAAUCCUUUAUUUAAUUUUUUUCUUUGGUUCAAUUAUUUAGGACUUCUUAUAGGUUGAUUUUAUUAUAGUUUAUUUUUCAAGUUUUUUAAAACAAAACCAUAAUCAUAUAAUAAUAUAUACGAGGGCUAAUCAAAAAGUAUCGAGACUGAUAAUAUUGCUCGGAAACCGAGCGUUGAAGAGCAAAACGAUUUGUAAACCUAGCUUCUAUGACUCAGACUGAGCACAUCUAUUCGUAUAAAAUCUCUAUAAACUUCUUCGUUUUGAUUUGACGAUAUUUUUCUAAAAUUUGUUUUUCACGUUUGACGAUUUCAUAAUGAAUCCAAAAGAAGCGGGACUUGCUGCCACUCGAGGGCAUAUUUUCAGUUUUUCAAUUGACAUUUAAUGGCAAAAACCAUGAAAUGUUGCAUCCCUCUGAAACUGGAAAAAAAAUCCCAGACAAAUUUUCUAAAAUCUCCAAAUCUGUCAAGUUACUCUUCUUUUGGGUUUAUUACAAAAUCGCCAAACUCGAAAAAUAUAUUUUACAAAAAUAUCAGCGAAAUCAAACCGAAGAAUUUUAUAGAGAAGCAAUAAAAACAAAUAUACUCAGAAAAAGUUAUAGAAGCAAGUGAUACCAAUCCUACUGCCCUUCGAUGCUCCUUUUCCGAAUGAUACUACCAGUCUUGAUACUUUUUGAUUUGCCCUCGUAUGAGUGUUUUGCUUUUUUAUUUUGUAUAAAGGAUAAAUUUUCUGUGUUCAUUUAAUAUUGCAAAAACAUAUAAUAUUAUUCAAAAGCCAAAUAGUGUUCAUUCAAAUAAAUAUAAUAUUCAAUUUUUAUUUUACUUUAAAAUACCGGCAUAAGAUAAAGAUGAAUGUUAAGAAGAAUAUUUUAACAUUUAUAUAUAUUCUAGGUUAUGAUUGUCCAGCACUUAAAAAUAUAUGGCAAUUUAGUACAUAUAUUGCAGGUGGAUCAUUGACAGCUGCAGAAUCAUUAACUUCUAUGAAAUACAGAUUUGCUAUAAACUGGUGCGGUGGUUGGCAUCACGCUUUGAGGUUUAAUACUUUACUAUUGACCAUCUAAAAAUAUGUAGUCUACAAAUUAAAAUUAAGAACUUAUCUUUAUUAUAAUAAUAUUUAUUCACUCAUUUUAGUACCUAUUUAAUUAGUAGACAACUAAGUUUAAUAAUAUUUUUUCAAGAGGUAUUAAUAAUUAAUACAUUUUUUUGGUAGACUACAUGUUUUGUAGAUAAAUCUACUAUUAAUUUAUGAAUCUAUAUUAUGUAUUUUGAUGUAUGUAUACUUAAUUUUUAGGGAUUCUGCUCAAGGUUUUUGUUAUAUAAAUGAUAUAGUUUUAGCCAUAGAGACGUUAAGAAAAACUUUUGGAAGAGUUUUGUAUAUUGAUCUUGAUGUUCACCAUGGUACACUAGUUAAUUUUUACUUAUAGUAUUAUUUUUCAUGAAUUAAUCUUGAAAAAAAAAACCAUUUAGGUAAUGGUGUUGAAUAUGCAUAUUAUGCUACGGACAGAGUUCUUACACUUUCAUUUCAUCAAUAUGAACCUGGUUUUUACCCAACAAGUGGAUCAUUAAAUGAUAUUGGACAAGAUAAAGGAAAGUAUUAUACUGUGAAUGUACCCUUAAAAGAAGGUAUACCUGAUGAUAAAUACAUAAAGUUUUUUCACAAGUAAUAUUUUUAUUUUUAUUUAAACUUGAUUUAAAUUCUACACUUUAUUAAUUUAUCUUAAUAUUAUUUUAACUCAAAUUAGAAUCAGUAAUUUGGUGUAUAGUUCCUACAAUCCAAAAUGUGUUGUUGUUCAAUGUGGUGCUGAUAGUUUAGUAGGCGAUACAAUUGGUGGAUUUAAUUUAACUCCAAAAGCACAUGCUGAAUGCAUUAAGAAUGUAAUGAAAUGGGAAUUGCCCACAUUAUUUGUUGGUGGUGGUAAUACAUGUUUUAUUAUUAUUUUAUUAACACUUGUACAUACUAUACACAUAUGAGCAUUCAUAAACUGCUGUAUGUUUUAAUGGUUUUAUGAAAAAAUUAAAUAAAAAUUUGAAAAAAACAUUUUAUAUGUUAUAUUUCCUUUAAUAUUUUUAUAUUUAUUUGAAAGAAAAUUAUCUAUUAUUUUAUGGUUAGAUAUACAUUCUCAUUAAGAGGGUUGGAAGAAAUUUUUCAAAUUUUCUUGAAUUUGAAAAUUAUUUUUAUCUUUUAUGACUAUCUUAAUAUUACAACUUUUCCAAUAAUCUACUACCUAAUAUUAAUUUAAUAAGAAUGGCUGUUUUUUACAGAUUAUUAUUAUAGAUUAUUUACAGAUGCCAUUUAAGACCAAUAUACAUAUGCAGUAAAAAGGCAUACUUUCCAUUGUCCAAUUUCAAUUUAUAAAGUUUGUUUAGAUUUAUUUGUUUUUAAUUUUAUUUGAGUUUAUAAGGUUUUUAGGGAAACUAUUAACUUAAUUUCAAAAUUAGAUAAAGGUCUUUGUAUAUGUUAGUAAAAAUGUCCCUAAAAGUUUUAUAUAUACUGUCAACAUUCUUUCUUUAUUAUAAUGUGUUGUAAAAUAUUAUGUAAUACUUGGUAACAAACUUAACUCAAUUUUAAAUAAAAAAUUCUGAAGAGGAAGGAAUUUUCUUUAACAAUAAAUUAUGAUUCUCAUAACAUUUAAUAAGAUUUUAUAAUAAACACAGAAAAGUGCAUGUUUAUACUGAAAUAAGUAAAUAUUUUAUUAAAAAUAUUUCUUCUUCUUGGAUUUAUAAUUCUGUAAAAAUGUUGGCCACAUUUUUCCAGUUAUCACAAUCCUGGACUCUAUCUUCCUAAUCUGUCACUUCCAGUGAUUUUAAAUCUUUCUUUAUUACAUCCAUCCACCGCUUCCUAUGCCUUCUUCGAUUGCUGCUCUCGUACUGCUUUACUAAUAGUAUGACCAAACCACUAGAAUUGUUGACAAUUAAUGCAUUUUUUAACAAUAGAAAUUAGUUCAGUAUUUUCAAUCCUUUAAUGUAUCUACUAAAGUCUAACAGGCCCCUGUUCUAUACAAACUCAAAAUGUUCUAAAUUAUGACCUUAAUACCAUAUCUUAAUCUCAAUAUACCAAGUGAUCCAGUUCUCUGGAUUCAAUUAUCUAAGGCAAUGUUUGCAAUGUAGGCAAUGUUGGUGGUUUCUUGACAAAAAGGUUUUAUGAUGCAGGAUUAUCAGCCCUGUGAUCAACCUUCCAAACCCUGAAAGGAAGCUUAGCUCCCCCCCCCCAUUCUGCUAAACCUAUAAACACAUAAGAACUUGUUCCCCUGAGGGAAUCAAAAACAUUUAUGUAUAAUAUUUUUGUUUUGUCUUUUACAAUUGUUUUUUACUACUAAUUCUCAUUUUAUAGAAAUUCUUUAUGUGACUAGUGUAUUGAGUUAAGUGUAAUUCAAUAAAAAUAAAUUCAUUAACUAACAUAUUUCUUUUAAUAGGUGGUUAUAAUGAGUCAAAUGCUGCUCGUUGCUGGACAUUAUUAACAGCUAUAAUUACUGGACAAGAUAAUACAUUAUUUACUGAUAUACCAGAUAAUGAGGUAUUUAUUAUUUAAAAUUAGCACUCAGAAAACUCAUACCAUAAUCAAAUUUUAAUUAACUGUUAAAACAGUAGAUAAACAGUGUUGUCACUUAUAUUAUAAUAUAAUUAAUGGAAUGUAAAAACCCAACCGGUUUUUGAUUUUAUUUUCUAAAGAUUAACUUUUAAAACAAAUAAUAUUAUUUAAAUGAAAUAUACUCUAUUUCAGUACUUUUCGGUUUAUGGUCCAGACUUUACAUUGAACAUAAAUCCAGGAAAUCGAAAAGAUUAUAACACUGCUAAAAGUUUGAAUAAUAUUUUCAAUUUUGUUGAAAGUAAUGUUAUUAUAUUUAAUUAUUUUUAUUUUUUAAGAAAUUAUAAUAAUAAUUUUUAAUAAAUCGUCUUUAUUUUAUUAUUUUUCAGGCAAUAUGAAAAUAAUAAAAGCACUUGUAAGACCACAACAACAAACAUAAUUCAAAUCAACACUUAUUAUUACUCUUUUUUUUUUUUCAAUAUUAUAAAAUACAAAU